GAGACCAGAUUAUGAUUUGAGUUUUACAAAAAGAUAUAGAAAACAUCAAAAGGUGAGAGACCCCUCUCUCUCUACCUACUCAUCUUCACCGUACCCUUCUUCGAUCUAUAUGCUUCUUCUUCUCUCCAGCUAUAGCUCCAUAGAUUCCACUGUGACGAUCCCCCUACAAAAGCUAUAAUGCGGAACCCUAGAUUAGCAAGUUAUUAGAGCUUCCCAGAGAUCUCUCUACUCUUUGCUGUCUUUUGUAUAGCCCAAACGAAAAGCUCGAGACUUUAAGCUAACCCAGAAGAAAGCUCGACGCUUUAAGCUAACCCAGACGAAAGCUCGAGUCUUUGAGCUAAACCCAGAAGAAAGCUCGAGGCUUUAAGCUAGCCCAGAAGAAAAGCUUGAAACUUUGAGCUUCCACACAACUCAUGGGGAACUGUUGCAGAUCUCCCGCCGCCGUGGCAAGAGAAGACGUCAAAUCCAACUACUCCGGCAACGACCACCGCCGCAAAGACGCCUCCUCCGGCGGGAAAAAACCGGCGCCGAUCCGAGUCCUCAGCGACGUCCCCAAGGAGAACAUCGAGGACCGUUACCUGCUCGACCGGGAGCUAGGGCGAGGCGAGUUCGGCGUCACGUACCUCUGCAUCGUGAGAUCCACGCGCGACCUCCUCGCCUGCAAGUCCAUCUCGAAGAGGAAGCUGAGGACCGAGGUGGACGUGGAGGACGUGAAGAGGGAGGUGGCGAUCAUGCGGCAUUUGCCCGAGAGCUCGAGCAUUGUUACUCUGAAGGAGGCUUGCGAGGACGACAACGCUGUGCAUUUGGUGAUGGAGCUGUGCGAGGGCGGUGAGCUUUUCGAUAGGAUUGUGGCGAGAGGGCAUUACACGGAGCGAGCGGCGGCGGGAGUCACGAAGACGAUCGUGGAGGUUGUGCAGCUUUGCCAUAAGCACGGUGUGAUUCAUAGGGAUUUGAAGCCGGAGAAUUUCUUGUUUGCUAACAAGAAGGAGAACUCGCCGUUGAAAGCUAUUGACUUUGGAUUGUCUAUCUUCUUCAAGCCAGGUGAGAAGUUCUCGGAGAUAGUUGGGAGUCCAUAUUACAUGGCACCUGAGGUGCUAAAGCGGAGCUAUGGACCAGAAAUUGAUAUUUGGAGUGCUGGAGUCAUUCUUUAUAUUCUUCUCUGUGGAGUUCCUCCAUUCUGGGCUGAGUCAGAACAGGGAGUUGCUCAGGCUAUUUUACGCGGGAUAAUUGAUUUUAAGAGGGAACCGUGGCCAAACAUUUCAGAGACUGCUAAGAGUCUUGUCAGACAAAUGUUAGAGCCUGAUCCAAAGCGUCGGCUCACUGCAAAGCAAGUGCUUGAGCACCCAUGGAUUCAAAACGCCAAGAAAGCUCCAAAUGUCCCUCUUGGAGAUGUUGUCAAGUCCAGACUAAAGCAAUUCUCAGUGAUGAACAGAUUCAAGAGAAAAGCUUUGAGGGUUAUUGCUGAAUUUUUAUCUUCUCAAGAAGUAGAACACAUCAAGGAGAUGUUCAACAAGAUGGAUACUGACAAAGAUGGCAUUGUCACCAUCGAGGAGUUGAAAGCUGGGCUUCGCGAUUUCGGUACACAGCUAGCUGAAUCAGAAGUUCAGAUGCUUAUUGAAGCGGUGGAUACUAAAGGGAAAGGAACACUAGACUAUGGUGAAUUUGUUGCAGUGUCUCUCCACCUGCAGAAGGUAGCAAACGAUGAGCAUCUCCGCAAAGCGUUCUCCUACUUUGACAAGGAUGGAAAUGGGUACAUUCUGCCCCAAGAGCUUUGUGAAGCCUUGAAGGAAGAUGGAGGGGAUGACUGUGUGGAUGUCGCCAAUGAUAUAUUCCAAGAAGUUGACACUGACAAGGAUGGGAGAAUAAGCUACGAAGAGUUUGCAGCAAUGAUGAAAACAGGAACUGAUUGGAGAAAGGCUUCUCGUCAUUACUCGAGAGGGAGGUUCAAUAGCUUAAGCAUCAAGCUAAUGAAGGACGGAUCUCUGAACCUAGGCAAUGAAUAAUAGCAAACAAAGUGAGUAAGCUUGCACUAGAUUUUGUUAGAGUAUCUCACGCACGUCCCUCCUCCACCGUCAAGUAUCAAGCCAAGUGAAGACAAACAGCUUGGGGAUUCGGAAUCAAUCUUCUUUUUUUUUUGUAAAUCGUUCGGUUUUUAACUUUCUAUUUUUGGUGAUUUGUGCUGUCCGUGUCCUUUUAUUGGUUUUGUGGGAUGAGUUGUGUUUGUUGUGGUAGAAAGGCCAAAGACAUGAGAAUCAAUGUUUAAUGUGUAGAAGAAAAAAGCAACGAUCUUUCUGUAA